CCCCCCACGUCAGUCACACCGGUCACAUUUCUCUUUCUCCAGCGGAGUGAGUCCUCUCGGCAGAGCAGGAUCUCCGUGCGGCUCAUGCCUGCUGCGCUCCGGGGGGACCAGGGAGGACCAGGGGAGGACACGGAGGAUGGACGGUGUGUCGCUGGGGCACUGCCUCUCAUGUCUCUCCAGUCUGGUGGCCACACCGGCCUCACCGCGUCCAAACUGCAACACGGACUCGGAGGAGGACACGAUGAAUGGAGGGAUGCACACCUUCAACCAGACGCAUAUGAGGAAAGCUUUUCAGCUGAUGAACGACCUGAGGAGUAAGAAGAUGCUGUGUGAUGUCCAGCUGAUCGCUGGCAGCGUUGAAGUGCCAGCUCACAGGGUGGUCCUGGCCUCCUGUAGCCCCUACUUUUGUGCCAUGUUUACAGGUGAUAUGAGUGAGAGCAAGGCCCAACAGGUGGAGAUCAGAGAGGUGGAUGGUCAAACCCUGAAAAAACUUGUUGAUUACAUCUACACUGCUGAGAUCGAGGUAACAGAAGACAACGUCCAGGUUCUGCUGCCAGCAGCGAGCCUCCUCCAGCUGAUGGACGUUCGUCAGGUUUGCUGCGAGUUCCUUCAGUCUCAGCUUCACUCCACCAACUGUCUGGGCAUCAGAGCCUUCGCUGACCUGCACACAUGCAUCCAGCUGCUCAACCAGUCCCACGCAUACGCUGAGCAGCAUUUCACAGACGUGGUGCAGGGUGAAGAGUUUCUGGGCCUGACUCUGCAGCAAGUGUGCAGCCUCAUCGCCAGUGACAAACUCACAGUCUCCACAGAGGAAAAGGUAUUUGAGGCCAUGAUAUCUUGGAUCAAGCACGAUAAGCCGGCUCGUCUGGAGCACAUGCCCAAACUGAUGGAGCAUGUCAGACUUCCACUGCUGUCCAGGGAUUACCUGGUGCAGAUCGUGGAGGAAGAAGCUUUGAUAAAGAACAACAACACCUGUAAAGAUUUCCUUAUAGAAGCGAUGAAGUAUCACCUGCUGCCGGCCGACCAGCGGCACCUCAUCAAGACGGACCGGACCCGGCCGAGGACGCCGGUCAGCAUCCCCAAGGUGAUGAUUGUAGUCGGCGGUCAGGCUCCCAAGGCGAUUCGCAGUGUGGAGCGUUACGACUUCCAGGACGACCGCUGGUACCAAGUGGCCGACCUCCCAUCCAGACGCUGUCGGGCAGGCGUUGUGUCGAUGGCCGGACGUGUGUUUGCAGUCGGGGGCUUUAACAGUUCCCUGCGCGAGAGGACGGUGGACGUGUACGACGGGGGAAGAGACCAGUGGAGUGCGGCAGCCAGUAUGCAGGAGAGACGCAGCACACUGGGAGCUGCUGUGUUGGCAGAUUUACUUUAUGCUGUGGGGGGCUUCAACGGAAGUAUAGGUUUGUCCACAGUCGAGGUUUACAACUAUAAAACCAACGAGUGGCUGUACGUGGCCUCCAUGAACACCAGACGCAGCAGUGUGGGGGUGGGGGUGGUGGAUGGUAAGCUGUACGCAGUGGGAGGCUAUGAUGGAGCGUCCCGUCAGUGUCUCAGUACAGUGGAAGAAUACGACCCCGUCACUGAUCAGUGGUGCUACGUCGCUGACAUGAGCACACGACGCAGUGGAGCAGGUGUGGGGGUGCUGGGCGGUCAGCUGUUUGCAGCCGGGGGACACGACGGACCUCUGGUGAGGAAGAGUGUGGAGGUCUACGACCCCCAGACCAACACCUGGAGGCUGGUGUGUGACAUGAACAUGUGUCGGAGAAACGCAGGUGUCUGUGCCAUCAACGGGCUGCUCUAUGUGAUCGGAGGAGACGACGGCUCCUGUAACCUGUCGUCUGUAGAGUUCUACAACCCGGCCACAGACAAGUGGAGCCUCAUUCCCACCAACAUGAGCAACGGACGGAGCUACGCAGGUGUCGCAGUGAUCGACAAGCCGUUAUGACGACAGCUGUCCCAGAGCAUCAGCAGCCGAGCGACUCAGAGCGACACAUCUGAAACUAUCUGAAGUGACGCUGUGAUAAACUCUGUGGUUAACGUCUGAGUCGCUCUCAGUCCUCGUCUGACACGACCUCGCCGGAUGUCGGGGAGUUUGGCGUUUUACCUGAAACCGGAUUUUGUUGCUGGACGCCAUUUUCAUCACAUCCCCGAGAGAUCUCCACCGUUGCACUAAGAGAGCGGGCGGGUGAGAAGCAGCUUCAUCAGCCGACUGAAGGACUCACUCAGACGCUGGAGGUCAGGAAGGAAACCUCGACUGGUGAGAGCAGCUUCAGAAGCUCAAAGGUGUAAAUCCUCUGAAGGAUGGAAUCAAACCUGAAAACUCAAACCACCAGCGGACGGAGACACCACCACCACCACCACCACCACCACCACCACCUCACUGUCUGAUCCACUCUGCUUCAGGCGAUAAAGGUGCUGCAAUAACCAGGACCUGAGCUCAUCAUGGGAGACAUUUAUUUUUAAAUACGAGACUUGCCACAGUUCUUAUGAUGUAAACGAGCUCAAUGCAACUGGUUCCUCAGCUUGACUUUGAGAUGUUCUUUGUGUUUCUGUUUGGAUUCCUGUGCCGUCAGCGGCUCCAGCUGUGGAACCAGAUGGAAUCCAGCUGUUGCCCCGACAGAUGUUCUCGACCUAAAGCUGCAAGAUGAUGUAAAGAAUGUUGAAAGCGUGUUAUAUGCAAAUUGAUCAUGUUUAAUAUUUUUUUGAGAUUGUGUGAGAAACCACUUCUGUGGCGUCGGACGCAGGCCGGUCGAUCCCAUUCAGCGCAGCGGGACUCGGUCUCUGUCGACUCACUACUGAGGCACUUAACACUUGCACUGACGUCCGCCUGUCUCUGACCGCCUGUCUCUGACCGCCUGUCUCUGACCGCCUGUCUCUGACCGCCUGUCUCUGACCGCCUGGAUCUCCGACCUGCUGCCGUCAGAUCGCUGACUCGACACUCAGACGCCAACAACUUCACGAGAAAUGUGCCAGCGAUGAGGUUUUUAAUCGCUAAUUAACAAACUGAAAGGGUGAACUGUUCCUGUUCACUGUUUGAGAGUGUGUGUCAAAGUGCACUGUAGAAAUUCAGCUGUACAAUUUUGAAUGGAAAAGAUGCAGGAUUUCAGAUUUUUCUAUUUAUUGUUUUGGUCUCAUUGUUUUCGAGAGCAUUUAUUGAUUCAUACCUCAUCCUGGUGUUGUCUGAUGAAGUUCAUUCAGAGGACGGUGGUUUAUUUUAGAUGUAGUUUAUCUGGCAGACGGACCGACUGGUGCCAUAGCUGAAGAAAAGAGAUAGAAGCUUUUUGAUGAAACGUUUUUUUUCUUAUUUCUGUCUAAAAAAAAUCUUCUGCAAAUCGCAGAGGAACUCGACCUGCUGCCAUUUCAAAAGCCUCCUGACAAAGAAGAAUAUAAAAACUUUAAAGACUAAA